CCCGUCCAAUAUGCUUUCCGGGGUCUAUCUCGUGGUGUUUCACACGUUGAGUCUUGUAUCAAAUCUUUGCUACCUAGAUAGUCCUUUGGCUCAUGGCAGACGAGAAUUUGUCGAGACUGGCCUGCGUGAGCUGUCACCGCCAGAAGCGCAAAUGCACGCGAGAGCUUCCAACGUGUCAACUUUGCCAGAAAAACCGGCGCAUAUGCGAAUACCCGCCUACCCCAAGCCCUGAGUCUGGGGUUGACUCUUCCAACGCGGUUUCCGAACGCAAUCGAGGCCAGGCUCUCUUCUUUGUGGAUUCCUACACCUUCAACCAACGCCGAAUGUGCAUAGAGGGUGUUGCUUCAGUGAGCCCACAAGAAUUGACCGAUGAACUCGGGAACAAGGCGCAGAUGCAACUUGAUGCCGAAUGCUACUUCGCCUCCACUCACAACUUCCUCCCGAUAGUUUCAAGACACCGUCUCUAUCAGCACUUGAUGAGGAUGACAGACUUGACUCUCGAUACGGCCCUCGUCUUGUCAACCAUGAAGCUCCUGUCUCUAUCCACUGAUAAUAUCAGAUCAGGCAAGAACUUGUACCAGAAACUCAAACGGAACCUUUUCUUAGCCGAGAUGCAAGGAGAAAUUUCCGUCAAAAUGCUCCAGGCAACCGUUCUCGUGGGGUUGUACGAGAUGGCGAAUGGUAUCUUGCCAGCGGCAUACCUUACUGUCGGCCAUUGCGCCCGGAUGGGCCACGCUUUGGGGAUCCACGACCGGAGGAAUGCGCCACAAAUGUUCCCGUCUCCUCGGUCUUGGACGGAAUUGGAAGAACAGAGGAGGGUUUGGUGGGGUGUAAUGGUCCUCGACGUAUACCUUAAUGUCGGAGUCUCCGAUCGCCCACUGGCCAUUAUCAACGUUCAGCCAGCAGAUCUGCUUCCGAUGGACGAGGCACUUUGGGACGCUGGAGAACAGACCGUUAUUCCCUCACUGGCUGUGUCGUCAAGUGCAGACAUUCCCGCUCCACCGUUUGCCCGAACCUGCCAAGCAUCCCACCUGUUAUCUCGAGUUGUUCAGCACAUCAACUUGAAGCCAAGCAACAUGCGAGAGUAUUACGAAGAAGGAAUCCAACUGCAUUAUGUUCUACAGGCAUUUCAUGGGGCCCUAACCCACGAAACCUCGACGAUGGAUCCUACUGGAGCUGCAUCCCUCUGGUCGGCCCGGGGGAUCUGCUACACUGCCCUCAUCGCACUAUACGACCAUCACAGCUGUGCCGAAUUGAAUAACUCAGAGGGUAUUGGAAUAGCAGAGCAGCUCCAGAUGCAGGAGAUUUCCCUCACGACAAUGCACGACGUGGGCGUCUCACUCUGGGAAUUCUCUCACGGGCUUCCGGAGGCCGUGAGCGUUGUUGGACCGAGAGCUGCCACUCCUUUCGUGACGGAGUGUCUCUACUCGGCGGCCAGGCAGUAUACUUGGUAUAUCUGGGAGACCGGGAAAACCGAGUUGAAUACGGCAGUGGCGGAUUUGGUGACCGCAUUGCGCCUUCUAGGCUGUUACUGGGAUGUCUCAAACCAAUAUUUGUCUAUUUUGGAAACAGAAGGCAUGCCGGGCUCGGGAUCAGAUCUCUGACAGUGGCUCAGUCGGACUAUUUCUAGGAGAACGCGUAUGCGAGCUGCGCCACGAAACCUUCCCGCGAGAAUGAGAAUAUCCGUCUACCGGGAGGCUAAUGAUAAUUGAUUGGUACGAGGGCAAGGUAAAGCCUUUUUAAAUUAUCCGGGUGUUGGGGGUUGACAGAACGAGGCGCUGCCGACCAAGACCCCACCUUUAUGCGGAAUUGGGCGGACCCGUGCGGACUAGCUCCGUUUUUUGGUGGAGACAUGGUCCGCACAAGGCCGCAUAAAUGUGGGGCUCUGCACCCGGAAUGCGGAUGUGUCCGGGGCAUCUUGGCUUCCCGCCUAGCAAAGCAACUCUGCGUGUGCUCGAAUGUUUUGAGUAUAUAUGUCGCAGGGAAUCCCAUUCAUAGCGAGACUUUUCAAUCGCAACCUGCUCUUCCAGCCCAAUUUACCAUCAUCAUCAUCAUCAUCAUCAUCAUCAUCAUCA